AUGGCUCAAUACUACUCUGUUCCUGGUCAUUCUCCUCCACAGGACGUACAAUAUCCAACACCAUCUGCUGGUUGUCGGCAAACCUACCACUCGCCAAUGUCUCCACCACCUUAUCCUGGUGACUACCACGAAUUCGUUCCCAUGCCAUGCAAGACGGACUACUAUAAAACAACACAAUACACUCACACCUACUCGAAUGACUCGCACCGACAGCCGAUGGCAAUCCAACAAUCCUCCUCACACCAACCCAUAGUAAUCCCACAAACAGCUCCUGGCGGCAACAAUCCCUUCACCCGCGCCUACAGCCCCGUUCUCUCCACCCACAACAUCUCCCUCAGCACCUUCCUCUCCUUCCUCGACACUCUAAACAUCUGCCUCGCCAACACCCCACCCCUCCAAAUCCUCGAUCUCGCUGGAGGGUUUGUAGGCAUGGUACCCCACCACAUCCCAGCCCUGAUAGGAACUUCCCUCCAAGCAACUGCAAAAGUCGCCGGUGCCAUAACCUCCAAAACCCGCGUUGCAAAACUGCUAAACAGCUCUAAUGCAGAGGUUUUCGCACCACAAGGACUCAGAGUGGAGCUAGUAGAUACAGAAACGCUGAAACAGAAACUAGGGAUUGAGGGGGGAAGACCUUUGUUAGGAGGGUUGGAUGAAAGAGGAUCAGACAUGAGUGUAAGAGAUAGAAGAUUACAUGCUUUGGAUGCGUAUAUUGCGCCUUUGGAGUUUGAUGUUCCGGAACCGGCGAGACAGGAAAAUGCGAUCGAUAGAUUGAGUGCUUCGCAGCUGAAAAGGCAGAUGGCGAAAGCUGAGGAAAAGGCUAUAGAAGCGAGAAGAAAGGAGAACGAAAAGAAGAAUAAGAAGGCUGAGAAGGAAGAUAGGAAAGCAGAGAAAGAUAAGAAGAAGGGCAAGGAGAGGAAGGAGAAAAGGGAGAAAGACGAUAAGGAGAGCAAGGCUGCUGAAAAGCUUUUGUGGUUGUACAUUGGGCAGUUGUAA